AUGGUUUUACCACUUAUCGUUGGAAUUUGUGUGGCUGGAAUCUCGUUAACCGCACGUUCAGGGAUUAGAGCAUGGGAGAUUUACAAGGUAUUGUCCCCCAUGACAAUCGCCAGGAUGAACAAAGUGCGCAUCAAAGAAUCGCCAAAAUGGCCAGGCACACAACGGUUCCUGAGUAGCAGACUUGACCCUGAGCUGCAAAGGAAACUGAAUGAAUACCCUGGCGGAUUUAAUCCUCGGAUGACCGAAUCUGAAGCUUUUCUAAUCCUUAACAUUUCGCCCACAGAGAUUGAACAACUGGAUGAGAAAAUGCUGAAAAGAAAGCACAGGAGGGCAAUGGUUCAAAACCAUCCUGAUAAGGGAGGAUCACCAUAUCUAGCCAUCAAAAUCAAUGAGGCUAGAGACGUCUUAGAAGAAAGCUGCAUGGUGAAGAAGAAGUAG